CGGAUCAAAAACUUGGACGACAGCAAAUGCUUUUGAUGCCAAGCGAGCAGUCACCUUGAAGAAGCAGAAGAGCGUAGAGUAGAUAGAGAGAAGAAAACAGAGCAGAGCGGAGCAAGGGAAACUGUCUCCCCGAGUCUUGUCUACCCCCUUGACUUUGGCGCGCCGGCAAGAUGGUUGAGGCCGAGAAUCCUGCGAUCAAGCUCUUCGGCAAGAGUAUCAAGCUGCCGUCGUCGUCGCCGGACAGAGUCUUUUAUCCUCCUCCUCCAGCGUUUGAUGAUUCUGAGGGAGAUGAAGAUGAAGAAACAGAGCAGGAUCCUUCUGAAGAACGAGCGAUUCUGAACAAGCGAAAAGGCGAUGAAUCGGCUGUGAGUGAAGAGGAGCUAAUCAGUCCUGUAACCUCAUCGGAUUCCGUGAAUCCGAAAACUCCUUCCAUAGACGAGGAGACCUCCAAAUCCAAGGGUUCCAAGACCGGGAAAGAUCCCAAGGAUUCGUCGAAGCCUCAGGAGAAAGUCCUGAAGAAACCCGACAAGAUCCUGCCAUGCCCCCGAUGCAACAGCAUGGAGACAAAGUUCUGCUACUACAACAACUACAACGUGAAUCAGCCCCGGCAUUUCUGCAAAGCCUGCCAAAGGUACUGGACCGCCGGUGGCACCAUGAGGAACGUCCCAGUGGGGGCAGGACGCAGGAAGAGCAAGAGCUCCGCCUCACGGUACCGCCACAUCAGCAUCUCCGAAGCUCUCCAGGCAGCAGCUCAGGUAGAUGCUGCCAAUAGGACUCACCAUCACUACCAGAACUUGACACCUAAUGGGACAGUUCUCACCUUUGGAUUGAACCACUACGAUCCCGUGACUUCCCCGGUUGAGAAAAGGGCAGCUAAUGGGACCCGAAAUGUUUCCCGCGACUUUGAGGGUCAGGGUGCCGCUAAGGUCUCCUGUGCAAGAGUUGAGACUCGAGAUGACCGGUCGAGUGGGAAUUUUCCAAUCGAACAUUCGGUUCCGAACCUUCCCGGUUUCGUACCCCAAGUUCCUUGCCUAAAUAACGUUCCUUGGCCUUAUACCAUCCCUAUACCGUUUUACCCAACCGGCUUUUGGGCUUGUAGUAAUGUUAGUAUUCCAAGUCCCUGGAACUUUCCUCUGCUAUCACCACCACCGAACCAAAACGGGCUAAUCCCGGGUCCAAACUCACCGACCCUUGGGAAGCGUCCGAGGGACGGAGAUGUUAUUAAGGCUGACAGUUCAGCGGAGCAGGAUCCCACAAAACCGAAGAAGAACGGGUCUAUCUUGAUCCCGAAGACACUGCGAAUAGAUGACCCGACCGAAGCUGCGAAGAGCUCAAUAUGGGCAACCCUGGGGAUCAAGAACGAAUGCGGAUUGUUCAGGGGAUUUCAAGCGACAGGGAAGGAUAAGGGGGGAGGCCGAGCAUGCCAGACCGAAGCCGAGAAGUGCCGGGUCCUGUGCGCUAACCCUGCAGCCUUGUCUAGAUCCCUCAACUUCCAUGAGAGCACUUGAAGGGAGAAGUGGCUGAAACUUCUGUCAGUGUCAGUAGAAGAAGUACAGUUAGCUAGGGACGUGUAUUAAAUUGAAUAGGAUGAAGGGGGGAAACUCUCCGGUUCUCAGCCGCGUGCAUACGGUACCUUAGGCAUCUUCGAGAGAAAUUCGAACUAAAGUUUUGUCUUUCUUGUAACCUAAUACUGGGAGGGAUGACUGUUCAUUGUACUUAGGUUUGGGCUUGUUUGUUGUACAUAACUCUUCACAUGUUUCCGGGAAAUUCUACGAUACAAUCCUCGAGUGAUUGUAUUUUAGACCAUUCCGAUGUUUGCUGGAUCCUCUGUGUUAGAAAAGGGAAUAAAAAGCCAAAAGUUUUAGCUCCU